AUUUUUUUCCACCACCACCAGCACUUCAUCUGUGUCUAAAACCAAAAAACCAGACAUAAACAACAACAAAGGCAACGGCUUUUCUAGCUGCAACUAAUUAUUCUUCUUAAAGCUUUCAAGUUUUUCCAUAUUUUUUUUAAAUGGGAAGAUCUCCUUGCUGUGAGAAGGCUCACACCAACAAAGGAGCUUGGACCAAGGAAGAAGACGACCGCCUCAUUGCCUACAUCAGAGCUCACGGCGAGGGUUGCUGGAGGUCACUGCCCAAGGCGGCGGGCCUCCUCCGAUGCGGGAAGAGCUGCAGGCUGCGGUGGAUCAACUACCUUAGACCUGAUCUCAAGCGUGGCAAUUUCACUGAAGAAGAAGAUGAGCUCAUCAUCAAACUCCAUAGCCUCCUCGGAAACAAAUGGUCUUUGAUAGCUGGAAGGCUGCCUGGAAGAACAGACAAUGAGAUAAAGAACUACUGGAACACCCACAUAAGAAGGAAGCUUUUGACCAGAGGGAUUGACCCCACAACUCACAGGCCACUCAAUGAGACACCUCAGGAAUCUGCAACCACAAUUUCUUUUGCUGCCGCUUCUGCAAAUAUCAAAGAAGAGGAUAAAAAAAUCUCCAUAACCAAUGGGCUUGUUUGCAAAGAUUCAAAAAACCCAGUUCAGGAAAGGUGCCCUGACUUGAAUCUUGACCUUCAAAUCAGCCCUCCCUGCCAGCCUCAGCAACCCAGUGACGGUUUGAAGAGUGGAGGGCGGGGACUCUGCUUUUCUUGCAGUUUGGGGCUUCAAGAUGCAAAGAACUGCAGCUGUGGGAGGGAUGCUAUUGGUGGCGCCACCAGUGGCACCACCAAUAUUGGUUAUGAUUUCUUGGGGUUGAAAAAUGGGGUCUUGGAUUACAGAAGCUUGGAGAUGAAAUGAGGUUAAUUAAUGAGUCAUGAAAAAUUAAAAAAUUGUAAGAUGUAGUUGGAAUGAGAGUGGAGAGAAAUGAGAGAAAGAGAUUGCUUU